UCGGCGCCGAGCUUUUUGAUCCGCUCCGGCAACCGACGUACACAAGGGGCUUGGGCGUCCGUGGAGGGAGCGAGAGGUCAGGCCAUGAACUUGGGAGAUGGUUUAAAGCUUGAAACUGAAUUAUUGGAUGGAAAAACCAAGCUAAUAUUGUCUCCAUAUGAACGUAAAUCAAACAUUUCUGUAAAGAUGGGAAAUAAGACCAAGAUUGGAAAAUGUCCUUUAAGAACAAAACAAACCAGAUGCAUUCUAAAAUCAACACAAAAUACUUGUAUCAGUAGUGAAAAACGUUUGGAAAAGAAGAGAAUUGGUUCAGAAACGUCACUGGUAAAAGGUGAAAAAAAUAGUAUGGCUAAGGAUUUAUGCAAGCAGUAUGCUGAUAAAGACUGUCUUCAUAUCCGGAAAGAGAGUUCACCUACAACCCCUAAAAUACAGAAGACUGGGAACACCUUAAGUACACCUGUAAUAGCUAAACAGAAGCCUUGCAAAAAUCACAUCACUGGUGAAAAUAUGAAGAGUAGUUUGGUGUGUCUAACACAAGACCAGCUACAACAGAUUUUGAUAAAUGUAAACCACGGAAAUAGACCCAUGUUCCUGACCGAGAAUGGAAAGGAGGAGGAAACAAGUCAGUACAGUCUACAUUUAAACAGUAUUCCUAAUCAGCAAAAGGAUGAGAACAUUAUGGGACUACUCCAAAAAACUGAGGUUGUUUCAUGUGUCCAAGAUGAAAAUAAAUCUGUUUUAAAUAAAAGUCAGGAGACAUCUAAGCAGUCUGAGCAUAAAAUUGCCAUAGAGAAUGUAUGGAAACCAGCGGACAUAUUCAGUACUCUGGGGGAAAGAGAACGUGAUAGAAAUUUGUUGGAAGCAAAAAAAGCCCAGUGGAGGAAAGAGCUUGAUGAACAGGUUGCUUUAAAGAAGAAAGAAAAAGAAACUCCUGAAAAAUGGAAUAAUACUUGGGAAAAAUCUGAAAGGGAUAAAAUAGUAUGGGAAAAACUUCAAAUUCUUGACCAGUCUAAGGAAGCAGUCCUGCCAGAACACCCUUUCAGUGGUGUGAAACAAGAACAGCAGAGCAAUUGGACUGAAGAGUUGAACAAAGAAAUAGAAGAUGAUGGGCAAAGAAAAAUAGAAGAAAAAAUUGUAUCUUCAAAGGGUGAGGAACAUGACAGAUGGGCAGUGCAUUUUGAUUCUCAGUCCCAGCUGUCCUCUCGGUCAACAUACAAACAACCAGACUACUUCUGUAUCUCCCCGGACCCCCAGGAGCUGGCUGAUGUCAGCAGUGUUUAUACACCUACAACUGGAAGCCAGAUUGAACCUUUAGAAGAGGAGUAUAUAGCAAAACCUGUAAGAGGUGCAGCAAUCCCAAACAGUCAAAAAACAAACUUUCUCCGUUCUAUGACUGCUCUCUUGGACCCAGCUCAAAUUGAAGAACGAGACAGGCGGCGACAAAAACAGUUAGAACAUCAGAAAGCCAUCUCUGCUCAGGUAGAAGAAAAGCGUAGGAAGAAGCAGUUGCAAGAAGAGCAAAGAAAGAAGGAAGAACAAGAAGAGGAGCUUCGCUUAGCACGGGAACGAGAAGAGAUGCAGAAACAGUAUGAAGAAGACAUACUUAAGCAAAAACAAAAGGAAGAAAUUAUAACUGUCAAGACAAAUGAACUCUUCCAGACAAUGCAGAGAGCACAGGAGCUGGCACAGAGACUAAAACAAGAACAGAGAAUCCGAGAAUUGGCUCAAAAGGGACAUGACACUUCUAGAUUGAUUAAAAAUCUUGGCGUUCAAGUGGAAUUUAAUGAAUCUACUAAGAACAUUUCAAAUUCAAGACAUGGCUUGGAUGAAGUCAGUGUUAAAAUGAACACCUGUAUCAAUUCUACGAACUCUCCUAAGAAGGAUACUGGUGUGCAAACAGAUGACUUAAAUAUUGCAAUAUUCACCAGCACAGAAUCACAGUAUGGAUCAGUAAUGGAAAGGGAAAUUAUACAUUGUUCAUCUCCCGAGAUUCCUGCAGAAUUUAAUGAACAGUUUAACACUCAGAAAAAACAACAAGAACUAAGAAGUCAGAAUAAAGGAGCCAACUUAGAAAAAGAAAGCAGUUGGUGUAAUGACCAGUGUAGUCAGUUCACAAGAACAGAGAAACAAACAAAACAUAUGAAGAAAUGUUCUAAAAGACCUGAAUGGAAUAUAAAUAAACCACUCAAAGGGUAUAUUCCAGCAUCAGAAAAGUACCCUAAACAGCUUCAAAAGCAGAGAGAAGAAAAAAAAGUAAGAAGGCAAAUGGAACUGCUACAUUUAGUAGAAAGAAAUAAUCCUGGAAACCUCUCUCAAAACAGAGGCACUUCACCAGUUCUUCAUUCAUCUCAUCAAGACACAGAGCCAAAGUUCAGGUGGCAUUUAGUCAAAAAGGAAGAAGAACCUCUGAAAAUUAAUUAUUUCAGCAAAGAAAGGUCUCAAUCACCACCAGUUCCUGUGAUGAAAAACAGAACUCAACAGACACUGAAAAAGAGUAAUUACGAAAGAGAGGAUCUGAUCUCAGGAGGCAAUCAAACAGAGUUAUCACCCAGGAUUUCUGAACCAUCUCAUUUUAUUCCCUAUGUUCGAACCAAUGAGAUCUAUUACCUUGAUCCAGAUGCGCCAUUGUCUAGGCCUCUAACCCAGGAUCCUCAGUAUCAAAAUCCACAUAAUUGUGACCAAGAACGACAGCUAUCUGACUUGGACCCACUUCUUAAUCCUAACUUGGUGAAAAACAGGGAUAGACAGCAAGCAAUCCUAAAGGGACUAUCAGAACUGAGACAGGGCCUUCUCCAGAAGCAAAGGGAGUUGGAAACUAAUCUCAUGCCUUUAGCUGCCAAUCAAGAAGAUAACUUUAGUUCUUCUUUUUCAAUAUAGAAAAUCAAAUCCUUCACAUUUGUCUUCCAAAUUAUAAAGUGUCCUCGUUGCUUAACUGUAUUUUUUCAAAUAGCCUAGAUUUAUUUUUAAAUGCUUAUUUAAAAUUUGUAUAUUCUGUAGUAAAAUGCUGUAUAUGUAUAUAUAAUAAUUUUUUAACAAUAAAACACUUUUCUGCUCUGUCACAA